UGGUGCUCGGUUCAUCACGGGAUCGUCGGCAAAACCGCCCCGGAAAGGCUAAGGGCCAGCAGUCCCCAUCCACCAACCUCUUCCCUUCCUCUUCUUCCCUCUUUUCCCGUUCCAACCUCACCUCUUCCUUUCCAUCACAUCUCGCUCUUCAACACCGUCAUCAUGUUCAAGAGCGGUCUCGCCCGGUCCUUUGGCAGGGCUGCUUUUGCCCGGACGACCCCCGUCGCCCGCGCCUUCCAGCCCGUCCGCUCCAAUGCUCUCCCGGCUCUUGCCCGCUUCGCUAGCUCCGACGCUGCUCUGACCGGAAAGGUUCACCAGGUCAUUGGUGCCGUCGUUGACGUGAAGUUCAGCGGCGAGAAGCUCCCUGCCAUUUACAACGCCAUUACCACCACCAACAACGGCCAGAAGCUCGUUCUGGAGGUUGCUCAACACUUGGGUGAGAAUGUCGUCCGUACUAUUGCCAUGGACGGUACCGAGGGUCUCUCCCGUGGUGUCGUCGCCGAGGACACUGGUGCUCCCAUCACCAUCCCCGUCGGUCCCUCCACUCUCGGCCGUAUCAUCAACGUCACUGGUGACCCCAUUGACGAGCGUGGUCCCAUCAAGGCCACCAAGUUCGCUCCCAUCCACGCCGAGCCCCCUGCUUUCGUCGACCAGUCCACCUCUGCCGAGAUUCUCGUCACCGGUAUCAAGGUCGUCGACCUGCUCGCCCCCUACGCCCGUGGUGGUAAGAUUGGUCUGUUCGGUGGUGCCGGUGUCGGUAAGACCGUGUUCAUUCAGGAGCUGAUUAACAACAUUGCCAAGGCCCACGGUGGUUACUCCGUGUUCUGUGGUGUCGGUGAGCGUACCCGUGAGGGUAACGAUCUGUACCACGAGAUGCAGGAGACUGGUGUCAUCCAGCUUGAGGGUGACUCCAAGGUCGCUCUUGUGUUCGGUCAGAUGGACGAGCCCCCCGGUGCCCGUGCCCGUGUCGCCCUGACCGGUCUGACCAUUGCCGAGUACUUCCGUGACCAGGAGGGUCAGGAUGUGCUGCUCUUCAUUGACAACAUUUUCCGUUUCACCCAGGCCGGUUCCGAGGUGUCUGCCCUUCUGGGUCGUAUCCCCUCUGCCGUCGGUUACCAGCCUACCCUGGCUGUCGACAUGGGUGUCAUGCAGGAGCGUAUCACCACCACCCAGAAGGGUUCUAUCACCUCCGUCCAGGCCGUCUACGUGCCCGCUGACGAUCUGACUGAUCCCGCCCCCGCCACCACCUUCGCUCACUUGGAUGCCACCACUGUCUUGUCCCGUGGUAUCUCCGAGUUGGGUAUCUACCCCGCUGUCGACCCUCUCGACUCCAAGUCCCGUAUGCUCGACCCCCGUAUCAUCGGUGAGGAGCACUACGCCACCGCCAGCCGUGUCCAGCAGAUGCUCCAGGAGUACAAGUCCCUCCAGGAUAUCAUUGCCAUUCUCGGUAUGGACGAGUUGUCCGAGGCUGACAAGCUCACCGUCGAGCGUGCCCGUAAGCUCCAGCGUUUCCUGUCCCAGCCCUUCGCCGUCGCCCAGGUCUUCACUGGUAUCGAGGGUACCCUUGUUGACCUGAAGGACACCAUUGCCUCCUUCAAGGCCAUCAUUGCUGGUGAGGGUGACGACCUCCCCGAGGCCGCCUUCUACAUGGUUGGCGACAUCAACGCUGCCCGCGCCAAGGGUGAGAAGAUUCUGGCUGAGCUUGAGAACAAGGCCUAAAUGUAAUUUUGUCAUUUGCUAGCUAGCGCCGUCUUAACUUCCCCCUUCCAUCUUCAAGCUCUUCCUCUCCUUGUCCUCUGUUCCCUCACCUAUUCUCUAUUGGUUCUCCCAGUCUCAUUUAAUUCCCUUUGUCAGAACACUCAAAUGUUCCAACGUUGUACGCGACAACACCAUUUCCCUUUUUCGAGGCGUGUAUAUUACUAUGUACAUUACCCGAUCUAAGAGAAAAAC